AUGAAUCCCAUUGAGGGGUUACCCUCUUCGUGCUACUAUGUUCCCAGUUUCAUUACUCUGUCCGAGGAGCAGCAGAUCCUUGACAACAUCCACAAACUUCCCGAGUCCAAGUGGACUGUUCUCACCCACCGGCGUCUGUUGUCCCUGCCCUCGACCUUGACCGGUUCUGCGCGUGACACCCUCCUCGCAGCCCCCAUGCCAGCCUACCUCGAUGCGAUUGUCACCCGUCUUCAACAAGGCGGAUAUUUUGAGAAUUCCACGCACAAGGCUCCCAAUCAUGUCCUGAUCAAUGAAUACAAGCCAGGAGAAGGAAUCAUGCCUCAUGAAGAUGGUCCUGCGUACGACCCAAUCACGGCGACAGUGAGCUUGGGUGGUCACACUGUACUCGAGAUCUACAAGAAGAACGAAGCUGGCGAACGAGAAGCGAAGCCCACUUGGCGAAUUUUGCAAGAACCCCGGAGUCUGCUGGUGACCACGGGCGAAAUGUAUAUCAACACACUACAUGGUAUUUCAGAGACUCGGACGGAUGAGAAUCUUAACGGCCAACAAAUUGUCAACUGGAAUCUCCUCGGUGACCAACAACCCUACGAGAUAGGACACGCUGAACGGCAAACACGCAUUAGUCUUACCUUACGUGACGUGAUCAAGGUUGCCAAACUGGGAGGUGCCCUGAAGUUCAUGAACAAAAGGCCGUAG